UGCAUAUUUCUAAGAUUUCUGCUUCCCCCUAAGAGUGAUAUAGCUCCGCCUUUGAAUCCAUCUCCUUGUCUCUGCGUUUUCAUCUGCUGUUAGAUUGACAUACAAGACUUGCCAUUGAAGAACUGGGUGCCUUUUGCUUACCUCCUAUACCUUGAAUUCGGGCUAGCGAUUCAUUAGGUCUCGCGUCCUAAAUCUGUCCACGAAGGCAAAUGAUUCACUUUGUGCUGCUUAUUAGCCGUCAAGGGAAAGUGAGACUUACAAAAUGGUAUUCACCAUACACACAAAAAGAAAGAACAAAGGUUAUCCGUGAGCUCAGUGGAGUGAUUCUUUCUCGUGCUCCCAAGCUCUGUAAUUUUGUAGAUUGGAGAGGAUAUAAAGUUGUUUAUAAAAGAUAUGCUAGCCUCUACUUUUGCAUGUGUAUUGACCAAGAUGAUAAUGAAUUGGAAGUGCUUGAAAUAAUUCAUCAUUUUGUUGAGAUCCUUGAUCGGUAUUUUGGCAGUGUAUGCGAGUUGGACUUAAUAUUCAAUUUCCACAAGGCCUACUAUAUACUGGACGAACUUCUAAUUGCUGGUGAGCUUCAAGAGUCCAGCAAGAAAACAGUUGCACGGUUGAUAGCUGCGCAGGAUGCAUUGGUGGAGACUGCAAAGGAGGAAGCCAGUUCAUUGAGUAACAUAAUUGCACAGGCCACCAAAUGAGUGAAGUCAAUGACAUUAUUUCUUGCCAAAAUGAUAGGCUAUAAUGUGCUGAUUCUGCUGUUUUGGGUUGAAUUUUAAAUUUCUUAUGGUUGGCCUUGAAUCUCUGUUAUGUAUAUGCUGCUGAGAUGUCUAUUGCUGGUGAUCCAAGCUUCUUAAACACUUGGAGUUAGAGUAUUUUGCUUUCAAAAUGAAAUUUACUAGUGUGCGUAUCUUUUUGGUUUACUAGCGGCUGAAGCUUCUGUUUUCUCCCUGCAUAAGAUCAGAAAUGAAAUCUGGAACAUACUCCAAUUCUGUGUUGUA